AUUGGCCCAAAAACAGGGGAGGGGAAUGUAGGCCUCAGUGAAGGAGAGUCAAAGGACAGUCUGUGGUUCCCGGCUUCUCUCGCGGAAUGGCUCUGCCUCUGAGGUCCUUGAGUCGGGGCUUGGCCAGUGCAGCCAAGGGAGACCAUGGAGGGGCAGGAGCCAGCACCUGGCGCCUCCUGACCUUCGUGCUGGCGCUCCCCAGCGUGGCCCUCUGCACCCUCAACUCCUGGCUCCACGCGGGCCACCGCGAGCGCCCCGAGUUCAUCGCCUACCACCACCUCCGUAUCCGCACCAAGCCCUACUCCUGGGGAGACGGUAACCACACCCUUUUCCACAAUCCCCGCGUCAACCCUCUGCCCACGGGCUACGAACAGCCCUGAGGCCCGGGCGGCCGCCCCCAGGUGCAAUAAAGGUGUAGAAGCUG